AUGCGUGGACUUGUCAUCUUUAGCGCGGCCGUCGCCGUCGCCAACGCUGCUGCCGUCGAGAAGAAGCACUACCCCGUUCCUGGACAGGAGGAGCCCGUCCCUUCAGUGCCCGACAACAACUACACUCCUCCCAGCAACGAGUAUACUCCUCCCGACAAUGUGUAUCCUCCUCCCGGCAACGAGUACCCACCUCCCGGACCUACCAAAGAGGUUCCUCCUCAGGAAACCAAGCCUACUGGCGUUUACCCUCCUCCUGGUAACGAGUAUCCUCCUCCUGGACCCACCAAGGAGGUUCCUCCUCCCCAAGAGACCAAGCCUACUGUCGUCUAUCCUCCUCCCGGACCUACCAAGGAGGUUCCUCCUCCUCAAGAGACUAAGCCCACUGGUGUUUACCCUCCUCCUGAGCACACUGAGCCUACUGGCGAGUACCCUCCUCCUGAAGAGACAACCGAUGUUUACACUCCCCCCGAGGAGUCAACCAAGGCUUAUCCUCCUCCUGGAGAGACCACUGAUGCCUACCCUCCUCCUGAGCACACCAAGCCCACUGGAGAGUACCCUCCUCCUGAGCACACCAAGCCCACUGGAGAGUACCCUCCUCCUGAGCACACCAAGCCCACUGGAGAGUACCCUCCUCCCGGAGAGACCACCAGUGUCUACACUCCUCCUGAGGAGACAACCAGCGACUAUGUCCCUCCUGUAGAGUCUACUACCAAGGCCUAUCCUCCUCCUGGAGAGACUACGGAUGUGUACCCUCCCCCUGGGGAGACCACUGACGUCUACCCUCCUCCCGGAGAGACUACCAGCGUCUAUACUCCUCCCGAGGAGUCUACCAAGGCUUACCCUCCUCCCGAGGAAACCACCAGCGAAUACGCUCCCCCUGAGGAGACCACCACCGGCGGUCACGAGGCUCCUUACCCUCCUCCUUCUCACACCAAGCCUUCGUACACCAAGCCCACUUACACGAAGCCUUCAUACACCAAGCCAAUCUACACCAAGCCUUCGUACACUAAGCCUGGCUACCCCGGUACCACUGAGAUGACCACCUCAACCAUCUACACCACCACUUGCUACACCGUUACCAAGUGUCCUCCCGAGGUUACUGACUGUCCCGAGAAGCCUCAUGUCACCACCGAGACUGUCAUUAUCGGCACCACUGUCUGCCCCGUCACCGAGGAGCACCCCACCGACGUCGAGACCAUGCCCAUCUACACUGAUGUUCCCAAGCCCAGCAAGUCUGUCUACACUCCUCCCGUUGAGCACCAGACCACUACUCACCUCACUACCUCAACUAUCUACACCACCAAGAUCACCACUGUUACCAAGUGCCCUCCUGAUGUUGUCGACUGCCCUGAGAAGCCUCACACCACCACUGAGACUGUCGUCGUCGGUACCACAAUUUGCCCCGUGACUGAGACUCAUGUAGUCCCCAACCCUCCCAAGGAGACCUACCCCGUUGUCCAGCCCCCCAAGGAGACUCACCCUGUUGUGCAGCCUCCCCACCCUGGCAACGGUACCUACAAUCCUCCCAAGCCUCAGCCUCCCAAGGAGACAUACCCCGUCCCCGUUCCUGUUCCCAGCAAGCCUGUCGAGCCUGAGCACCCCGAACAGCCUCAGCCUCCCAAGCCCGAGCACCCUGAGCAGCCUCCUCAGCCCGAGCAGCCCCAACCUCCCAAGGAGACCAAGCCCGUUCCUCAGCCUCCUGCCGAGACUCAUCCUACCUACCCCGUUCCUCCUCAGCCCGAACAGCCUGAGAAGCCUGAGCAGCCCCAGCCUCCCAAGGAGACUCAGCCCGUUGCUCAGCCUCCUGCUCCUCCCGCUCCUAGCAAGCCCGUCGAGAGCGCUCCUGUUGUUCCUCCUUCUCCCAGCAAGCCUGCUGAGACUUACCCAGUUCCUCCUGUUUCCACUCCUACCGAGCCCGCCGAGGUUGUUAACUCUGCUGGACGUGUCGGUGGUAGCAUCCAGGCUGCUCUCUUCGCUGCUGGUAUCGUCGCUUUCUUCCUGUAA